UAUCGUUUCUUUGCACGACGGCCCAGUAGUCGAGUAGCGACGAAGGUCUUGUUGUGUAAUAGCAGGUAGAAAGAGAAACAGAUUCCUGAGUCUAGUAUAAUCAACUUCCAGCAGUGCCACCGCGCAGGAAUUUUCAAGCUUCGUCGAGUGUAUCAGUAUCUUUCAUUGACGGCAGAUGCGGAACGCGGGCGCGUGCUUUAGUUCAUCAGCAAGAGGAGCAACUGAAGCGCGCGUGUCGAAGCGAAGAUGUCGUUUUUUAUCAGUGUGAGGAUCGCAUCGCUCCUAUCCCUCUUACUACUUCAAUUUCAGUGCCGAUUGGGCUCUAAUAUUCUUAUUGCAUGCGCCGGCCGUGUGCGUACCCUGGUGAAAAAGAAGAAGAACAAAACAGCCAAGAUGUCCGCUACCAACCAGAACACCGGAGCCCCAACAGCUUCCAGCAGCACGCCGACCUCCGCGGCAUCCUCUUCUCUCCUAUCCACCUCUGCUCUCGAGUGGCGCGGCCGCCUUCCGCCGUUCCAAGCCCAACUGCUUUCUCGGGCGCUCAUCGAGGCCUUCAGGGACCAGCCGCUACCGCUCGCCGCGGACUCUCCGACGACCUUGUUGACAGCGAAUUCCUCUAGCAGCCCGCUGGCUACCGCCUUUUCCACGCCUCUCCCGACCCCGUCCAACGCGGUGAGGAGAGUCGAGGCGAAAUUGGGCCACAUUCUGUUUUCCUCGAUUGAAGAGCUGUGUGAUAAGUACUUGAACACAUUUGUCACGAUCGUGCGGGGGGAAAAUGACGUCGAGAAAGAGUCGAAGUUUAACCAGGAGCUGCGACGGUACGGCGAGCAGCCGGUUUGCGAGAAAAAAUUGCGGAAAUUGUACGAUUUGCUCUUCUACCAUAGGUUAACGAGACGGUUCUUCCCGGGGUACAGGGUGAGACGGGACAGUGGUAGUAUUGGUGAUGUUGAGCAACAAACUGAACAAAAUGGUGCUGUCAAAGCUGCUCGGCGUGCGGAAACACCAGAAAGCACACAGCUGCAAACAGCACCAGCAAGUACAGGAGCCUUGAUGUUGCCGCCCCCGGCGAACAAACACCGUGGCCCCUUGAGCAGUAGCGGGUGCUCAUCCUCCUCAAGUCUCGGCACGGGAACAUCGGCUGCAGGUGAGCAAGAGGAUGCUGGACCGGACGGGGUUACAACAGCACCGGCAACCCGGAGUGCAGCGCAGCAGCUGAGCGAAACAGAGAAAAUGACUGAUGGACCUCUCACAAGAACAGCGUCAGCAUCCAAGCAAAACAUCGAUCACCUCCCUGCUCUCCCCAUUCUUUUCACCGCCCCGCAUUCCAUCCCGCUCCAGCGCGACGGCGAGAAAAUGCACCACCCCGAAAACUGGACCAGCUCCCUAUCAAAAGGAAAAAUCCCCCCUCCCCAUAUCGAAACGAAGUUUCUGAUGCUGGACUUCCGUACACAAAUCCGAUUUGUCUUGCAGUAGAGGACUGCAAGCAUAUGUCAAGCCUCAGUCGAGAGGUUUUGACGUAGGCGCCUAGCAUGGCAAACGUGUAUGCUCUAAGCCCACCAACAUCACAAACCGCCUGCAAAAUGCGGAACGCUUUCUGGACUUGCCUUCUUGCAAGACAGACAGGAUUUGAGGUCACAAAUGCGCAUCACAAAUUUUUAGACGGAUACGUUUUCGUUAUGGGGAGGGGGAUUUUUCCUUACGAUACUCCCUCGCAAACUCGCUGGCGCAGACCUGCCUCGGGGCGAGUUUGGCGUGGUCGAACACAGAGCAGAAGAGGAUCAAAGCGCUUUCGGUCCCGACGGAUCCGUCCUUGCGGGAUCCAAAUUACCUGCAUCUGGACGAGUUGGAGGGGAACUACUGGUACCUGGGGAUCAAGGACAUGUUGGAAGACAUGAAGAAGGUGGAACAGGAACAAACGGCGAAGGCGAAAGACACCGAGGAUCUUCCCGGCGGAGGUGCCAGCUCAAGAACAAUCCCGGAGGUGCCCUUCACGCUCCACGUCGACGUGCAUGGGUGCAUGAACCCGAACAAGCCGCCGCACUACUACACAAAGGAAGUCUUCUUCGGGUUCGGUGCGAUGGAACUACCGGACGAGAAGGAGAUCUCGCACCAUCGGAGUAAAGCGUACCAAGAAACGAAGGAAAUUCUCGCGGAGCAGUUUCGGAAAAUCUUGAAACGACGGCUAGACGUCGUCUUCCAAACCUUCUACGCCCCCGGGUCGAUUAUCGAAGACCGGCCGACGGUUCGGUUAACGGGCAAGGCAAAGGAGGAAAACCGGUUUACGUUGACGCAGCAGAGCCAAAGAAUCGGCUUCGACGUUUCCGUGCAGCUGGAAUUGUCGCACGGAUUGCGGAAGCAGUUGAGCACGGAUCUAGACUUCAAGCGGGAAUUCUGCUUUGUGUUCCGUAAAAGCUACACGGAAAUGGCGGAGAAAAUGUUUGGCGCAGGUGCGGUUACUGAGGAAAAAGAACGAUCUAGUAAAGGAGCUUGUUCUACGUCAGGAGCUGCAACAUCUAGUUGCCAGUCGAACUCCUGCUCGAACAUAUCUAACCUUAAAUAUCAGUACGUGACUGACAGGGAAACCACCGGCACGAUUGCAUCUACACGGUCCUGCACCACAACCGAAUCCUGCUCGAGUUCCAAUUUGUAAAAAAGGAGUUGGAGUUGAGUUUGAAGGGAUGCACGAGGACUCGCAAUGAACUCAACGCAAGCUGAUGUUGCGCUCUCACUAGUAGCCACUGACUGUACAUAGCCUUUGUAAGAUAGAUUUUAUGCGGAAAAACAUCAUGCUAUUCUGUGAAUACAGUUUUUCAAUGGCGCCGCAGCGCGAGUUGAAGAUGCUGCUAUGCCACCACAUGGGAACAGUGUCAGCAAACAAAACUAACUAUCGCAAGUAUGCGAUGUUUAAGGUUUCAAGGCGCUGCGCAAGCCUGGACGUCAAGCUUGG